AUGGACGCCGCCACCACCUUAGCCGUUGCCGAGCAUGCUUCUGCUGCUGAGAACCCCCCCCUUCAGGGGCCUUUGCUCCCUAAACUGCUGCUUCUUAGGCUCCGGCCGAUGCGGGAGUGCGCCCCGUGUCCCCGAGAAAGCUCUGGUCCGCGGUCUCGGGUUCGAACGAAGAAUGCUGACAUAGAGUACCGGGAACUCAUUACUGAGGAUCCAGUCAAGGCGUACAGCUGUAUGUGCCUAUGCCAACCUCCUUUCACCAAGGCCGAGGAGGAAGAGGAAGAGGAGGGCGGUGUGAAUCCUCGCGAGGUGUUCCACAAGCAGUUUAUCUAUUACAGGCUGCGCGUGCCGGACUUCCGCAUGUAUACGUUCAAUGAUCAUAAGGGUUAUGGUCUUAUUGAAAUGCUCCAAAACAUCUUCCUCAACUAUGAGAAGGCCAGAAAAGUCGGCAACUGGAAGCGGGACAACCACAUCGCCAGUACUAAGAACCUGAACUCCAUCAUGGCCUGCUACAUCGCGACGGCCAAGAAGCUGCGUCCCUAUGGUAUCCUUCGCAGCAGUUGCCUCCAGGCCUUCGGCCUCGCCAUGGACAAGAAAAUGUAA